AUGAACGUGCGCAGCAGGGACAUGCGAGCCUGUCACCACACUGCGUGUACCAUCCUCAGCGAAUUCACGGACCAGCCGUCUUUCGAUUGGAUUCCCAGAGAGCAGAACACCGAUGCCGACGCGCUCGCCAGACAUGCCUGGGAGCUCGGCGGCACCGUUGCGCCGGUCCGCGUGGGCCAGCGCCACCUCCCCGUCGCUAUUCCCAGCAUCCAGCAGCACUUUCCCCGCGUUCAGCAGCCGGCAGGUACUACGUCAGCCAGCACACCAGCCAGAGGGAUCCACUUCAGACACAGCAACACGCCACUCAGCGGAAUGGAGCUCAACGCCGUCGUCGGCGCCCCGACGCGUCCACCCGCCCCGGUGGCUCGUCGAGCCCGCGCCGCAGCCGUCGUGCGCAACACCAACUUGGGCUCCGUCUCUCCCUCCGACACGACCGAAGAACACGACCUCUCUCGUGGUCGCGCAGAAGCUCUACAUGCAGCCAAAUUGGCCUGGACGGACUUCGCCUGGGACCCCGAACCCCUCUUGCCUCUUCUCCCACCUGAGUCUGUCUGGUCCUUGGCCGACGACGAUAUCCGCAGAGACCUGGAACCGAUCGAACCCCGACUUUUUAACUGCCCAGCCACGGAGGUUGUUCUGCGUUUCAGAUGGCUCUCUCUACAGGCCGUGCCCAAACAAUGCUCGCUCGCCUGGGCUGACUGCAACCAGAUCGUUGCCUCUUGGAUCCUCAACGCGACCACCGACCGCGAGAAGACCGCAGCUGGGGCCCUCUACAACUUCCUGCCGCUUCUGCUGCUCUGUCCCCCGCCUCGCCUUACCCCCGCGCAGACCCGCAAGUUCAUCGAGAAGUCCACCGUGCGCUUCAUCCGAGGAGAAUGGGCCAGCCUCUUCUCAGAAGCCAUCAAGCGCGCCUGCGAAGCGAAGAAGAAUCAGUCCGAGCGCGCCCUCAAGUCUCUCGAACACCAAGAAUGGCUCCUCCGACAGCGGGAAACUUGCAUCGCCAACGCCCGCGCACGUGCCGAGCUACCAACAGCUUCUUGGAAAAUGGAAGAAUGUCGUACUGAACUCAUCGAACGUGGCCUGUACACCCGCAGCGAGCUCGGCCCUUCUGUGGACCACCCUACGUUGCGGAGAUGGGUCGAAGCAGCCCAGCGCGAGCUCCUUGCACCCGACAUGGACGCCCGCACCUUCGAAUUCGCGACGCUGGAACGGGCCGACGAAGAGUGGCGCAAAAAUCAGAACGAUCAGCGCAUCAUCAGGCGUGCUCUCUUGUUGGUUCGAGCCGGCGAGUACUCCGCAGCCGUCACCGCCUUGGAAAACGCCUCUAUCGCUCCCGCCAUCGAAUCCACCCUCCUGGCCCUCCGCGACUUGCACCCCGCACCCAGUUGUUUUUUCUCACCCGAAGGGCAAAUUCCCGAGGAUAACCAGUCCUGGCGGUCGAGGCUCGAACAGGUCAAAGACGACAUCAACGAGCACACCAUCGACGACUCCAUCAUCAUUCGCGCCGCGAAAAAAGCCGGCAGGCACCGCUCGCAAGACCGGUGGGGUUGGCGCUCCGAGCACUGGCACCCCUUGCUCGGUUCCGAUGCGCUCAAGGACCUCCGCUUCUUCAUCAUCGAGUUCCUGCGCGGAGAGUGCACCGACCACUUCUACCAGAGUAUCGCCGGAUCACGGCUUACAGCGCUAUCCAAGCCCGACAACCGCGGCAUCCGUCCAAUCGGCAUCACGGACGUAUUCCGUAAACUCGCCGGCCGAGUCCUCAACAUCCUCUACCGCGACCACAUACGAGACUCGCUGAUUUCCCAAGACGGACGGGUGCUGCAGUUCGGCGUCGGCCACUCUCAUGGCGCACAGAUGUGUGCAAUGGCUGCCCAAGAACACCUGCGACUUCACCCGCAACAUGCGAUUUUCUCGCUCGACCUCAAGAACGCCUUUAACUGCGUCAGCCGCGAAGCCAUUGCCCUCGGAAUCAACAGACUCGGAGAAAAACAAGGCCGCGCGAUGUUGGGCUUCUGCCUCGCCAUGUACUCUGGCACUAACCCUUUAUCUUUCUUUCUGAGCACAGGCGAACACAUGAGUGUCGACGCCAAGACGGGCGUCACUCAGGGGUGUGUCCUGGGGUCGGCUUUCUUCUGCCUGGCUAUCCAGCCAAUCAUCGAAAAGGCGCUCGCGUCCACCUCUGUCCAAGGCGUACACGCGUACUGCAUCGCGGACGACAUCAACCUCGCGGGCGAACCCGGACAACUCAUUCAAGCUGCCACACGCUUGCAAGAGAGCCUCCUGCUGAAUGCGGACCUCACCGUCAAGAAGAUCGACAUCCUCUUGGGAUCGCAAUGCCGCCGAAUCGACACCACCGAGCUCACCGGCAUAGACGGCCAGAUCAACAUCAUCAACACCGUCGGCGUCGACGUCGGCCAGGAACGCGACUGCGACUCCGGCGCCCGCAUCGUCGGCGCCCCCGUCGGCUCCCCGGAAUACGCCGCGAAGUUCGUCGCUGACAUCGUCGACAAGCACCGCGCCCGCCUCGAUCACAUCGCCAAGUUCGGCGAGGCCGGCCACGCACAAGAGGCGCUCUUGCUGCUGCGGCUGUGCGCCUGCCCACGGAUUACCUUCCUCCUUCAGUGCGUCCCCUAUAACGUCGCUCCCCAAGCCUUCAACGAUUCCUACAGGGACAUUCUCAGUGCGUUUGGACGCAUCGCCGGCAUCACCGAAGAUCUCGACACGGCUGACGAAGUCACCCGCGGACGCAUCGCCCUGCCCCUCAGGCACGGCGGCCAAGGCCUCACCGACCCCUCUCACAUUGCAGACCAGGCCUUGGUCGCCAACUGGGCAGCAUGCGCUCCGCUCCUGGCCAAGACAGCCCCCGCGCUCUCCGACAUCGCCAACGAGAAUCCAGGCCCGCGCCGCAGCACACGCAACGCCGCCACCACCCGUCGACCGGAACACAGCCAAAGCGGCCCUUGCCACGGACACAUACGGCCCGCGUGGGACAGAAUCCGCAGUCUCGGAGACGAAGAGCAGAAAAUUUUGGCAGUGGAUUUCUCCGAGUCCACCGGUGAAGAUUUCCCCGUGAAAGGACUGCAGCGCACGCUCUCACACCUGGAACACGAGCGCCGGUACAAGGGACUCUUCCAUGACGCUUCCCCCGAAGUAUCGGCCGCCAUGCACUCCCUCUCGAGCCCCCACGCAAUGACAUGGCACCGCGUCUGCCCUUUCGAACCGCGGCUCCAGAUCGCCUCACACCUCUGCAAGAUGCGCAUCCGACAGGAACUCGACCUCCCCAUGCCCUGCCUCACCGACGCGCACAACAACCAGCGCCUCGCAUACUGCUGCAACCCGCCUCACGCGGCCCUCGAACCUCGCCAUGCUCUCAACCACCUAAUCUGCGUCCACACCAGCAACGCAGGAGGCAACCAGACCAGGACACACGACAAGGUAAAAUUCGCCGUUCAAGCGGUCUGCAAGUUGGGCGGCCUCACUACGUUCACCGAGCCCAUCGGCGAGAUACCAGGCACCACGAACCGGAACGGCGACACCAACAACCUGCGACCAGACAUCCGAGUCGACGGCCUGCGAGACACCGGCAUCACAAUCCUCGCAGACGUCUCCAUCACCCACAUCAUGGACUCGGCAGCCAACCACAGGAGCCAACCACGACCACGCCAAGGCAACUCAGCCCCCAACAGCGACCCCAUCAUGAGACGCGAGACUGACAAGAACAACAAGUACAAGGCGGCGGCCACGGCGGUGCAUAAGGAAUUCAUCCCGCUCGUGAUGGACACGUACGGAAGGAUGGGCAAACCGUUCCUCAACUUCCUCAAAGACGUCGCCGCACUCACCGCCCGCCGAGCCUCGGGCAACGUCAACGAGCGGACGCAAGCCAUCUACGACUCCAUCGACCCGCCGAACGAGCUCCGAAACCGUAUCCACCUCCGAAACCUCGCCCUCGUACACGUCGCGCUUAUCAUCUCGCUCAUGCAAAGGGUCGCCGGAUCGACCGUCACCAACGACCGCCAGCACGGCGCUCGUGGCGGAAUGUACGGAGCACACGAACACUACGUGCAGCCGUACCCGGUCACUAAUUUCUAACUCAGGGGUUAGGG